GCUCAAUGCUACGGGAUUUAAUAAAAAACCAUGGAAAAUACUUUGGAUUUUGAAAAGAUUUGCUAGAAAUCUUCCUAACUGCAAGUAUAUUUAUUACUAUUCUUAGGUGAAAAAUCGCAUCGAGUAGAUAAAAUCUUUUCAAAAUCCAAAGUAUUUUCCAUGGUUUUUUAUUAAAUCCCGUAGCAUUGAGCAGGUAAAAUCGAGUAUCUCUUGAUAGUCUGACAUAAUUUAGAUGGAUUCUGGCUGGGUGUGACUUUUUUGAAAACCAAAUAUCACCACGAGAUCCAGCGUGGUCCAUUACCUAUAUUUCCGUUCGUUUUCGGAAUUUCCAUACCUAAAGACAUAUUGAUUCUGGGACUCUCAGGACAUCCAUUGCCACACCUGAACUAGGAAAAAUGAAGAGUUUGUUUAGUUCCCAUUUUAGAGAAGACACUUUGGGCUAUAUCUCUAUGAAAAAAACUGAUAGAUUGCUAUCUCAGUUUCCGGAGAUCUGAAUUGGUUGUCUAAAGACCUAGAAAACCGAUCGUCCGAAAAUUUUCGGAAAAGGAUUUUGCUUAUAAAAAUAUAGGCAAAACUGUCUUCUUUCGAUUGUUAAAAAUCUCAAAUUUCUAUCUUUUAUCGUCUUUGGUUAUUCAAAAAACAACCACCGGCCUUAUAUUUUGGAGCCGAUAAUAGUAUGUGUAUAAGCUCAGAGGGGGUCGAAUAUAAAAAAAGAUUUUCUUCAAAAAACAACCUUUCUUCCCUGUGGUUGAGGUAAUCAAAAAACUAAAUAAGUUAAAACCUGGAACAGGAGAAAAGAAGAAAGUUGUGGAUUUCGAUAGCUGUGAAACCGAUUCACGGCUCUACUAUAUCUGUCAUAAGGGAUUAUUGUGAUUUCUCUAGACUGCUUAGCUUUUCCUAUAAUUCGCUCUUCACGUUUUAGGUGCCAUGCAAAAUAGAUUUUGUAUAUCACAAAAAUUUUUUACCACUUAUUAUGAGUUGCUACUUGUGAAAACAUUUAGAGACAAAUGUUCUAAUGUAAAAGGGAAAGUUCGUCGACAACAUUCAUCGACUCGUGCUGCUACGGGAGAUGUUGAGUAUAAUGAUGGUCGUGGUGUUAAUCAUGAAAAUGACGGUGGUAAUGGAGGAGGUUUCUAG